GGGAAUCAGGGAGUCGAUCUGGUAGUUUCAGCGGAUGACCGUAAUGGAGGAAAUGGAUCACGACAUAAUCCUUGGGAGGCCAUGGUGCGCAAACGUAGAAAUGAUAGGCAUGCACUUGCACGACGGCACGUACAUGGUAGACAUAGAGGACCCAGUGACCGGCCGGGGUGAGCUCCUCCGACUCCUCGGAACGGGAGGGGACCCUCCAAAGGGGAAGUUGGCAACAUGGUCGGCGUCAUUUGAAGAUAGCGCACGGAAAGGGGCUUUCGCACGGAUGGAGGGCAUGAGAGAGAGGGUAGAAAUUAUGAUUGAGGAGGCAUUCAACAAGAAGGAAUGGAUCAAAAUGGGCCUGCCCCAGAAGAAGAGGAGGCAGGAGGACGAAAUCUUGGGUGUUAUGGUAGCCGAAAAGGAAUCGGAAGUCGAACUUGGUGCCAGCCUGCCUAGACGGAAAGAAGUACGCAUGGACGUGCCAGAAGUCGCACUCGAGAUCCCCGAUUUGCUACAGCUUAUCAAGGCCCUCAGAUAUCACAAGGUAGGAGUGGACUCGGCGGCCCUGGCCAAAUUUGAAGGAGAGGUGCAAAAAGGAUUGCCUGAAUGGGAAAUUAGUUAUGAUCACCAAAAGGGGCGGCUGGACACGAAGCUGAUUCCUCCGGUCAGAAUCCACACGGUAGAACAUGAGUGCUGGAAUGACAAGGGACCGUCCUACGAAUUUGGGAUAGCAGGGGAGGUGACAGACCUUCUUCGGGCGAAGAUGGACUCCUUCGUCGCAGAACCUACGGCAUCACCAUACGCAAUCCGGUGGUUCGUCUUUCGGAAGCCCAACAAGACACUAAGGUGGAUUCAGGAUUUGCAAAAGUUGAAUGCGGUAACCAUCCGGGAUGCUGGUUCGCUGCCUCAAGCUGAUUUAUUAGCAGAGUCACACACGGGCCGAAGCAUUUACUCCCUGAUCGAUUUGUACUCAGGAUACGACCAACUUCCAUUGGAUGUCAGGGAUAGGCCGUACACUGCAAUGCACACCCCCGUAGGCCAGUUGCAGAUGCAGGUGACCCCUAUGGGUUUUACGAACGCGGUAGCCAAAGCGCAAAGGAGGAUGCUCGCCGUAGCCGGAGAUAUGUUUCCAGAAAAGUGCGAGCCCUACAUCGAUGAUAAUCCGAUCAAAGGCGCGCAGGAGAAAGACGAGACGGAAGUCCAGCCAGGAAUCCGAAAGUUUGUGUGGGACCAUCUACAAGAUAUCAAGGACUUACUCCGCCGAUUUCUAGUAUACAACAUCACGGCUAGUGGACCAAAGAGUAUUCUAGCAGUACCGGAAGAACCCAUAUUGGGAUUUCGCUGUGGCGCGUACGGUAGGAAGCCGGAUCCGACAAAGGCCAUGAUCAGAGAAGAGGGAACCAUGGAUUGGACGGAGGAGCGAGAAGGAGCCGUCCAAACCCUCAAGGAUAUAUUGACAUCUGAGCAAGUCGCCUUGUCAGCACCUUGCUUUAAUGACAAAUUCGAUUACAAGAUCGAACGGAUUGCUGGAAUUAGAAACAAGGCGGAUGGGUUGAGUCGGGUCUGCAUCACUCCCGAAGGGGUGGAGGAUGCGGAGCCCAUAGACGCGUUCCUUGAAUUUGAGGGAGCAACUCUUGCGGUGGACAACGAAAUGAUGGGCGAAGAAUGUGCGUCGGGUGAACUGUUGAUCCGGACUUUGGAGAAGGGGGCGCCUGCCGUAGUAGCCGAACUUAGAGCAGGACCCGUCACCACUCGAGGGCAUAAAGAGGAGAGAGAUUCAUGGGGAGCAAUAGUACGACCAAAGGAGGAGCUAAUAGCAAUGGCGGUUGAGGGAGGGCGGGAAGCUGUGAUGAGCCUAGUGAAAUCUUGGGAAAAGAAAGAGUUGCAAUGGGUGGUAAACCAGAUGCAGGAAAGAAAGAAUGAGGAUCACGAAGGGAAGGACUUUUUCUACCCUCAAAUAUACGAAGGGAUCUUUCGAGAGAUCGGGUUGUUGCUGGUAGGAAACAAGCAACCCACGGAAGUCAGCGUUAAAGCAAGGCAGGAGGCCGAAAGGUACGUCCUAAGGUGCGGCCAUCUGUUCCGAAAGGAAGAAGGUGCUAUGCCUAGAAGAGUUGUGUGCGGAAGAUCUAGGCAGUUGGACGUUAUCCAAGCAAUGCACGACGGAUUAGCAAGAGGACAUCGGUCGUCCAAAGGUACUCUUGCAAAAAUAGCGCCACUUUAUUAUUGGCCAGGCAUGGCAAGCAUGGUCGCCAUAUACUGCCAGACAUGCCUUAUAUGCCAAGAACGAAGCUCGACACGUGUCUUUGAGCCACUUAGGCCUACGCGGGUGCUAGGGCCAGGACAUCAGGUCCACCUUGACCUUGCGGUCAUGCCUGUAUCAACAGAUGGGUACAAGAAUAUUCUAGAUGCGCGAGACAACUUGAGUGGGUUCGUGGAGGCGGUCGCUCUCAAGAAAAAGACAGGGAGAAGAGUAGCGGACUGGAUAGAAGACUUCUACUUGAGACAUCCUCUCGUCAGGAGGUUUAUAGCAGACAAUGGGACAAAAUUUGUAAACCAAGAAGUAUUGGGGAUGCUUAAGAGACUUUGCGUACCGAUCAAACUCAUCGAGCCAUAUCACCCAGAGGCCAAUGCACCUGUGGAAAGAGGCCACCGAACCUUAAAAAACACGAUUGCGAAGCUUGCAGCAAAUCAUCUGGGAAGCUGGCCUAGGUAUCUCAAGCAGGUUGUCUUUUCAAAAAACAUGACACCAAAGAGGACAACAGGAUGUAUCCCAUCAGAACUUUGGUACGGAAGGGAGAUCGACUUUUCAGUCGAGGCCUUGAUACCUACCUGGAACAAGUUAGAUGAUGAUCCACGAAAGACUACGGAAGAGUUAAUCGAGGCAAGAUGUCAGCAGGUCCUUAUGAACGAAGAGGUCAUGGAAGACAUCGCCAACCGGGUACUAGACAGCAGGAUGAGGGACAAAGCAAGGUGGGAGCAGUUUAGCCCAUUGACCCCACGCGGCAGGGAGCUUUUAGAGCUCCAACAGGUCGAGAGGAUCCGCUUGAAGUUAGAGAGGGAACUGAAGCAAGCAACCGACAGAGAGAAUGAGAUCAAACAAAGAGCAACCAGGCUUGAAACGUUAGAGGCAGACAAAGCUGAGUUAGAGGGAUUGGAUGAGUCAGGACUGUCUGACCCAAUGAAAACAUUGAAGAACAAUAUGUUGUCGCUGCAUGCGCAUGUGGACAGCAGAUUGGACUUUAUGCAGAGCACCCUAGGCCAGAUCUUGGACCUUUUACAAAGGCCAGGACUUAGGCCACCAGCACAGUCGCCGUUGCCGUUAACGGCGAUGUCUGGCCCCUUUCCCGUACAAGCUGGCCCACAACCAAGUGGCACGUCUGCAGCAGCUGCACAGACUGUUGCUUCUUCUUCUUCGGGUCCAGUGGUGGGUGCUACACCACCGCAACAACCUGUUCCUCAACAGGGACAACCACAAGGUCAAUGGUACCCUAAGACCCCAAUGAAACCGCCUCUUGCCUUCUCAAGCGAGAGGAAGGACGAAGAACUCAACACUUGGUUGAGAACAGUUCCGGUUUGGGUGAAGGCGAAGAGGACCUUGCCAGAGGACGAAGUGGUUACUGCUGCAUCUUACCUCGAAGGUAAGGCAGCCAAAUGGCUAGAUGGUAUAGUUGCAAAGGCCGGGUAUAGACGACGUAUGGCGGACUGGGCUCAGUCUAUUACGUUAGACCAGUUCUUUGAGAUGGUAGAAGCUCGGUGGCACAAUCCUCAGCAGGCACAAAUAGCCACUGAUGCGAUAAACAGACUAGAUCAAAGAAAGUUCAAGUCAGUCAGAGAACUUACGACUACCAUAGAGAGCCUCAUCGUCGUUCCAGGCAUCAACUACAGUGACCACUUCCUGUUGACUACGUUUGUUAGAUGUCUUCCAGAGAACCUCAGGAACUUGCUCGCCAGCGAAGCUCGCCUCGAGUACCAUUCGUUUGAGACAUUGUCUAGAAAAGCCUUAGACUUAGAGGCUACACCAAGAAACGCUCAACCCUCUCUGAAUGAUGAGAGGAAGAAGAAGAGUCCGCAAGAAUGGAAGAAGAAGGGGGCGAAGUUGAUGAUGGUUGAGUCCGAUGGGACUCAACCAGAAAUUGAUGAGCUCACAGACCUGCUGGAUGGUUCAGAGUACGACGGCGAGGAGACCGCUGAGGGUAGCACCCUCGCCGCAGUAGUUAAGGCUAAGGCUGGUGGCCGAGUGAAGGGCCAACCAAAGAGUCAAGGGAAGGUCGCCUCCAAUCAGACCAAAGUGGCAGAUUGGGUCAAGGCAGGUCUUGAACAAGACGUGUGGCGGGACCGCCGAGUGCGUGGCGCUUGUAUAAACUGUGGUGAAUACGGGCACACCCAGUACAAGUGCCAGAACGCCAAGAAGCCGUUCAUAGUGACCACUGACGCAAGCCAAUACGGCAUUGGCACAGUGCUGGCUCAGCAGGAUGGGAAAAAGUUGAGACCGAUUGAGUACAUGAGCAAGAAAAUGCCAUCGAAGAAAUUGGCAAAGUCCACCUACGAAAGGGAACUCUAUGCUCUCUACAAGGCACUUGUCCAUUGGAGACAYUUUYUGUUGGGRCGGUUCUUCUACUUGAGAACUGRCCAUCAGACACUCAAAUGGAUCAAGACUCAACCGGCUCUUUCUGAUGCACUCAAGCGAUGGAUUGARGUCAUAGMUCAAUAUGACUUCAAGCUUGAGUAUCUGAAGGGAGAGUACAACAAGGUUGCAGAYGCGMUAUCAYGUAGGGCASACUACCUAGRGGCGCUAGUUUCUGACUUUGGUGUAUCKGAAGAARUAACUCAAUCRWUGGUGGGAGCCUAUCAGGAAGACCCUGUCACGAUGGACAUCAUGCGCAAACUUCAGGCAAAAGACAAGGCCACGAAAAGUGAGUUUGUGAUGGUGGACGGGCUACUCUAUCUUGAUAAGGCCGGUGUUAAAAGGAAUGUGGCAAUAGGGGAGACAUUUCUAGAUGGGGUAAGGGAGUUGGUGUACGACGAGGAGGACGACUUCAGUGAUGAAGAUGAAGGUGAAGAGGACCCGAUGUGGCUUCUAGGGGAUGCAGAGCCCCGAACCCGAAAGGAAGGCAAGCGGUUCGCCAACGAGGGAUGGGACAAAGUUAGUAGCAGAGUUGUGAUGGGAGGAUGGAAGGAACUUGAGCCUCCAAAUCUACGGAUAACGGCUUGGGUACCGGAGUUCAUAGCCGAGCGGUUUGGGGGGUUUAAGCACAUUUUAGAAGUAGUCGACUCCAUGAGAAAGUGCCGCACAAAGCGAAGGGGGCAGAAGGACAGAGAAUCGAUAAAUCCGGAUGGUACCAAAGGGAACCGGAAGGAAAUCUCCACAGGAGAAAGCUCGGGGAAAGCCGAGGGAAGCAGGCAAGGGACUCGGGAUACCAAAGAGGGUAGAAAUAAGGAUAGGACAAGCCCUCGGAACUCGAAAGGAGCCGUGUCUAAGAAAGUAAGGGUCACGGAUGCAAGGCGCAAACUAACCAAGAUAGAAAAGAGGACUGCGAAAUACAAGGCAAGAUUGAUUGAGGAAAUGAUGACUGGGAACGAAGAAGGCCCUCUGCAGGAGGAACCCCGGGACGAACGGAAAGCCAACCGAGGUGGGACUGGACAAGGGGAUAAAGGUAGUGACUGUGGGGGAAUGCCGAGCAAGAGAAGGAAAGAGAGAGAGAACUCUCCGGGGAUGGAAGCAGAAAAGGCUACGACUCCGCCAACCAUGGAUAGUAGGGCUAGCCGCCUGCCGACCCUACCAGCAAUAGCACGAGGAUGCGAAGGACUUUGGAGCCUUAGGGAAGGAGUGUUGGAAUGGUUUGACCCGGAAGGAACUAUGAAAACCAGGGAGGGACAGAAGGCCGACAAGGAAGGUCCGGAUAACAGUAUGGCAGGCGAGGCCAGCAGCUCCGAGGGCGGCCUUAAGAAGAUAGAGUCGUCCCUUGCGCGAGCACUAAACAAAAAUCAAGGCUACCUAGCGGAUGCUAAGAAAAAGUUGACGUUUGAUGGGGCGAACAUCACGGAAUCCCUGAUAGAUUACGAGAACUUGGUUGCGCUGUUGAAAUGGACCGAAGAAGAGAAGAUGGACCACCUGGGGCAGCAUGUGUCUUUGAGCCUAGGGCGGGACGUAAUGGCCAUUGUGGCCGCGAGCCGGUCUUGGAAAGAAGCCCGAGAUGUGAUGAUGAGAAAAUAUCUGGCAGCAGAGAAGAUGGCAACCGAGGCCGAUUUAGCGGCAGUCCGGAGGAAGAACUUUGCAACGUACAAUGACUUCCUACGGGAGUUUACUUUGGUAGCACUAAGAAUCCCCGGCGUCACGGACCGAAUAAUCAGUAAGUACUUCCUUAGACAGUUCUCCGAGUUCGACAAGGACAAGAUUCUGUCGACUUACCAACAGACGAGCAAAUUUGUAAACACUAGGGACGUUGAUUUCAGUACGGUAACGGAUCUGUCCGAAAAGACGGUAGUAACGGAGACAUUGGCCUUGCUUAAGGAAGGGGAGGUCAUAAACCUGACCGAAGCUGAGUCAGUGGUCGAUAUCGUUUGGGAUCAAUUGCGGGGCCGCGGGCCGCAGGCACACUUUAUCUUGGAAAACGACGAACGUGAUAGGGUGAACGCAACCACUCGACUAGGAACGGUUGGCAGAAGGAUUAACCGUGACACCAUUAUGGAGGAGGUCGCCGGAAGCUCCGAACCCCAGGCAGAACCUGAGACCGAGAAACUAGAGAAAGUCUAUAGGAAGCCUAGGGAAGAGGAGCCUGCGGACAAAGUUACUGCCGCUAAGAAGAAGUUUCGGUAUCAAAUUCCAAUCUUAACCUUGCCUGAGCUCGACGACACCAUUAGCAAGUUACUAGGAAUUAUGGUGUCAGUGUCUUUUCAGACCAUGUUGCAGGCUAGCCCUAGGUUGCUCAAAGGGCUUAGACGACUGUUGACUCGGCGGCGAGUAGAAAUAGGUGACAACCCCGAAUUACCAGAAGGGGAGAGGGAGGAGGAAGCUCCGCAAGAAGUGGCUAACCUUCAGACGAGUCACGGGGACUUGGAGGAUCUCGAAAAAGCCUUUGCAGACAUUCGUUAUAGCUUGCCUGACCGAGAGGGCGGCGAAGUCAUGAGAUCACCACCCGGGACGAAGCUUAGCUUUCAUGCGCUGCCCGUAGGCAACCUGAAAAUCCAGAUCGGGAGUCAUCAUACCGACGCAUUAGUAGACGGGGGAGCAGAAAUCACUCUCAUAAGAAGAGAUUUCGCAACGAUCACGGGAGUCAAGGAAUUGAUCUGGUCGUUUCAGCGGAUGACCGUAAUGGAGGAAAUGGACCACGACAUAAUCCUCGGGACACCGCGGUGCGCGAACGUGGAGAUGAUAGGCAUGCACUUGCACGAUGGUUCAUACAUGGUAGACAUAGAGGAUCCAGUGACCGGCCGGGGAGAGCUCCUCCGACUCCUUCGAACGGGAGGAGAGCCCCCGAAGGGGAAACUGGCAACAUGGUCGCCAUCGUUCGAGGAUAGCACGCGAAAAGGGGCUUUCGCACGAAUGGAGGGUAUGAGAGAAAGGGUAGAAAUCAUGAUUGAGGAAGCAUUCAACAAGAAGGAGUGGAUCAAGAUGGGCCUGCCCCAGAAGAAGAGGAGGCAGGAGGACGAAGCCCUAGGUGUUAUGGUAGCCGAAAAGGAGUCAGAGGUCGAACUUGGUGCUAGCCUGCCCAAACGGAAAGAAGUACGCAUAGACGUGCCAGAAGUCGCGCUCGAGAUCCCCGAUCUGUUACAACUCGUCAAGGCUCUCACAUACCACAAGGUAGAAGUGGACUCAGCAGCCUUGGUCAAGUUCGAAGGGGAGGUGCAAAAGGGAUAUUGCCUGAACGGGAAACUAGUUAGUAUUCAACCACGAGUCGUAGAGGCGACGGGGGCGAUUCCGAAUGUUCAUUUUUUAGGAGAAAGAUCCCGGAAGGAAGUKUUCGAAAGUACAAGCCGGAAGCCGGAUCCGGCAAAGACCGACAAGAUAUCACAGUGGCCGACACCRCUSCGCACGACGACGGAGGUAAGGGCRUUYYUAGGCGUAGUCGGCUUUUGGAGGAUCUUCAUUAAGAACUUUACCAAGAUUGCUGAGCCUAUCCGGGCUAUGAUCAGGGAAGAAGGAACCAUGGAUUGGGCGAAGGAGCGAGAGGGAGCCGUCCAGACCCUCAAGGACAUUCUGACGUUGAAGCACGUCGCUUUGUCGGCGCCCUGCUUUAAUGAUGAGGUAGGACGACCAUUCAUCCUGGAAACAGAUGGAGGGCCCUUGGCCGUAGGAGGCGUACUGAUUCAAAGGGACGAGGGAAGAAAAGAGAGGCCAAUUAGGUUCGAAAGUAGAACACUGAACUCCGCAGAACGGCGGUACUCGCAAUUCAAGAAGGAAGUCCUAGUCAUCCUGCAUUGCCUUAAGACCUUCCAGGCCUACCUAUUUGGGAGGCGAUUCAUCUUAAGGAUCGAUCCGACGAAUGUCGCAGGGGCUCUAAAGAAUUACAGGCCUAUAGAUCCGACGGUGGGGAGAUGGGUAGGAUUCAUCUGGCAGUUCGAUUAUAAGAUCGAACGGAUUGCGGGGAUUAGGAAUAAGGUUGAUGGGCUCAGCCGGGUCUGCAUCACUCCUGAAGGGGUGGAGGAUGCGGAGCCCAUAGACGCGUUCCUCGAAUACGAAGGAGGAACUCUUGCGGUGGAUAACGAAAGGAUGAGCGAAGGAUGCACGUCGGGAGAACUAUUGAUCCAAACUUUGGAGAAGGGGGCACCUGCCGUAGUAGCAGAACUUAGAGAAGGACCAGUCACCACUCGAGGACGCAGAGAAGAAAAGGACUCAUUGGGAGCGAUAGUAGGACCGAAAGAGGAGCUAGUAGCAAUGGCGGUCGAGGGAGGCCGGGAAGCAGUGAUGAGCUUAGUGGAAUCUUGGGAAAGGAAAGAGUUGCAAUGGGUGGUAAACCAGUUGCAGGAAGGAAAGGAUGGGGGCAAGGAAGGAGAGGAGUUUUUCGAUGUCCAAUCACGAAGGGCUCUUUCGGGAGAUCGGGCUGUUAUUGGUAGGAAACAAACAACCUACGGAAAUGGGUACAGGUAUAUUCUACAUGCGCGAGACAACUUGAGUGGGUUCGUGGAGGCGGUCACCCUCAAGAAAAAGACAGGGAGGAGUGUGGCGGACUGGAUAGACGACUUCUACUUGAGGCAUCCUUUCGUCAAGAGGUUUAUAGCAGAGAAUGGGACGGAGUUUGUGAACCAAGAAGUAUUGGGGAUGCUUAAGAGACUCUGCGUACCGAUCAAACUCAUCGAGCCGUAUCACCCUGAGGCCAAUGCACCUGUGGAAAAGGGGCACCGAACCUUGAAGAACACGAUUGCAAAGCUCGCAGCGGACCAUCUGGGGAACUGGCCUAGGUAUCUUAAGCAGGCUGUCUUUGCAGAGAAUAUGACCCCUAAAAGGACAACAGGAUGUAUCCGGGCAGAGCUUUGGUACAGAAGAGAGAUCGAUUUUCCCGUGGAAGCCUUGGUACCUACCUGGAAUAGGCUAGAUGAUGAUCCGCAAAUGACUACUGAAGAGUUAAUCGAGGCAAGAUGUCAACAGAUCCUUAAGAACGAGGAGGUCAUGGAAGACAUCGUCAACCGCGUACUAGAUAGCGGAAUGAGGGACAAAGUCAGGUGGGACCAGGUUAAGAAUGUAAGAAAGGAGCCACUUCAAGUAGGAGAGAUGGUAUUGCUAAGGAACUCGGCACUAGAGAUUACUUGGUCGGGACAGCUGGGAAGAAGGUUCAAAGGCCCCUACAGGGUCGCCAAGCGGGUGGGACUGAACACCUUCGAACUGGAAGAGUUGGAUGGAACUGGAUUGAAAGGGCCCUUCCUGGGGCAACGAUUGGUCAAGUUUUUAAGCCGGGACCCAGUGGAACAAUGGCUUCAGGAUACCGAAGAUAAGGAAACUGAGGGGCCACAAGCUAAAGACUGACCACAGCCUUGCCCACACUAUGGUUUGUCUCUGACCAUGUCCAUGGGAUUAUCGU